GGCAUUUCCUCCAGUGUCGGAUUUCUUCAACGCACUGGCAUUUAAAUCUGCUGCAGUGGGAAGCCUGUGGACGCCUGUCACCGUGAGUGAAUCUGCUCUAUUGGAGGAUUUGGCGCUCGUUUUCUUUUUUCUUUCAUAAUAGCAAUUGUAUCUCUUGCAUUUGCUGAGUGAUACAUUGUAGUCUCUAGCGACGCGCGUUUUUAUUCCAACAAAGCCUGAAUGAAAGGCUGCCUGUUUGGCCAUGUUUUCGACCGCAACGUAUAAACAGAAUAUCAUAUAAUGCGUCAUAUUUUGUAAUUAUGGUCUAGUCUUUUGCGCGUUUUGUGUCGUGAGUGGCCUAGAGACAAGGGAACAGUUUCAAUGGACUCUUAAAAUACAUCUACGUCAGAACAAAUCCAUUCAUUUGAAUACACUACAGUAGGUCUUCGGCGCAUUUGUGCAUAUUGUAAAAUAAUUAUCCAAGAACAACACAUAUAUCGUCUAAGGUUGCCUAUACUCAAGUUGCAUCAUGUUCAGCUGGUUGGGUACCGAUGACAGGAGAAAGAAAGAUCCAGAGGUCUUCCAGACUGUCAGUGAAGGACUCAAGAAGCUUUACAAAACCAAACUGCUUCCACUGGAGGAACACUACAAAUUCCACGAGUUUCACUCACCCGCUUUGGAGGAUGCAGAUUUUGACAAUAAACCCAUGGUUCUCCUGGUGGGACAGUAUUCCACUGGCAAAACCAGCUUCAUAAGAUAUCUUCUGGAGCAGGACUUCCCUGGUAUGCGGAUCGGUCCAGAACCCACGACUGACUCCUUCAUAGCAGUGAUGCACGGCACCAUGGAGGGACUAAUACCAGGAAACGCUCUGGUAGUGGAUCCCAAAAAACCCUUUCGGAAACUCAACGCCUUUGGCAAUGCCUUCCUUAACAGGUUUGUGUGUGCCCAGCUGCCCAACCCUGUUCUGGAGAGCAUCAGUGUGAUUGACACUCCAGGAAUCCUGAGCGGAGAGAAACAAAGGAUCAGCAGAGGUUAUGACUUCGCUGCAGUGUUGGAGUGGUUCGCCGAACGCGUGGACCGCAUCAUCCUGCUGUUCGACGCCCACAAGCUGGACAUCUCGGACGAGUUCUCGGAGGUCAUCAAGGCCCUCAAGAACCAUGAGGACAAGAUCCGCGUGGUGCUCAACAAGGCCGACCAGAUCGAGACGCAACAGUUAAUGCGCGUCUACGGCGCCCUCAUGUGGUCACUGGGGAAGAUCGUCAACACACCUGAGGUGAUUCGUGUCUACAUCGGCUCUUUUUGGUCACAUCCGUUGCUGAUUCCAGACAGUCGCAAACUGUUUGAGGCGGAAGAGCAAGACCUGUUCAAGGAUAUCCAGUCGCUGCCACGUAACGCCGCCCUUCGCAAGCUCAACGAUCUGAUCAAGAGAGCUCGUCUUGCUAAGGUCCAUGCAUACAUCAUUAGCUCCUUGAGAAAAGAAAUGCCCUCAGUCUUUGGGAAGGAGAACAAAAAGAAGGAGUUGAUUAACAGCUUGGGCGAGAUCUACAGCCGCAUUGAGAAGGAACACCAGAUUUCCCCGGGAGACUUCCCUAAUCUUAAGAAAAUGCAGGAGCAGCUUCAAGCACAAGAUCUGAACAAGUUCCAUCCUCUGAAAAUGAAGCUGUUGGACACCGUGGACGACAUGCUGGCCCACGACAUCGCCCAGCUUAUGGUUCUGGUGCGUCAGGAGGAGACGCAGCGCCCCAACCAGGGGGUGAAGGGUGGCGCCUUCGAGGGCACCAUGAAUGGGCCGUUCGGACACGGAUAUGGCGAGGGAGCCGGCGAGGGCAUUGACGAAGUCGAAUGGGUGGUGGCACGUGACAAACCUAUGUAUGACGAAAUCUUCUACACUCUCUCGCCCGUCAAUGGCAAAGUGACUGGAGCCAAUGCCAAGAGGGAGAUGGUGAAGUCCAAGCUGCCAAACACUGUGCUGGGUAAGGUCUGGAAGCUGGCUGACAUUGAUAAAGAUGGGAUGCUCGAUGAUGAGGAGUUUGCCUUGGCCAAUCACCUGAUCAAGGUCAAACUAGAAGGUCACGAGCUUCCAAGCGAACUGCCCGCUCAUCUUGUGCCUCCCUCCAAAAGAAAGCUUCCAGAGUAAGUUUGGUUUGGAUUUUAGGAAAGCAUAUAGUUUGAAUUUAGGUUGCAGUUGAAUUACCGAUGGCUGGACAACCUUUACUAUAGAAAAAAAAACAGUGACUUCUUUGAAAUGUGUGGUUUAUGCUUCACUAGAAAGAAUGGAUUUGAAAAUGACCCACCUUUUCAACUCUUUUGACCUGUGUAUGUAUUUUUUAGUUUAGUUUUGUUUUAUUUUUUCAUGAACAAAUUGUGCUGUCUGCAGUCUGUUUUAUGUGUGCUUUCAGAUUUUACAGUCAUAUUUUUAUGCCACAAUUUCAGUUUCAUCUGUUCAGCUAUCAUGACCGUAACGCUGUGUCCUAACCAGACGUAUUGCGAUGAAUGAUAUCAAAUUUAAAACAGCACAUUUUGUCGAUCACAUGAUUUCAGUUUCUGUGACAAUUUGCUUGCUAGCCUUUCCCACAGUGAAAUCUCAUUGGUCUAAAAAUCUACUUCAGGUAGUUACAUUAAACGUCAUUAUCUUCUGAUUGGUCACGUUUCGUAGCUGUUUUAUGUUCAGGCAAUUACUUGUCGCAUUGCGCCUGGUUAGGACACACUAAAAUGCUUUUCAAUAUAUUUCACUUUCACGCUCAAUUUACUCUACUGUUCAAAAGUUUAGAAUCAAGAAGUUGUUUUUGAAAGUCUCUUUUGUUUGCCAAGACUUCAUUUAUUUUGAUCAAAAGUACAGUGAAAACAGUAAUAUUGUGAAAUAUUACAUUUGAAAAAAAAAAUAUAUAUAUAUAUUUUUUCCCGUGAUGGAAAAUCUGAAUACUUCUAUUACCUGCCGUCUUCCGUGUCACAUGGUCCUUCAGAAAUCAUUCUAAAAAUUAUUAAUAAAACUUUUGAUCGGUAGUGUAUAUCAGAUUGAUCUGUGUCUCAGGAGAGGCGAGACAUCAAUUAAUGCAGAAAAACAUGAAUCUUAUUCUGAAUCUUUGUAUCAGUACGCAACUGUUAAAAUCUAGCAAGAAAAGUGAAAUUCCUUUUAUAAGUAGGUGUAACUGUUAUUCUCUUCUUGUUAAGGCGGCAUCUUUAAUGAAUGCGAGUCCUUUCUAGCCUGACCAAGAGACUGUUAAAACUGUAUAGCCGUCACGUCAGAAUACUUAAUGUUUAGUGUUCUUGAUGGACCCGUAGAGCUAGUAUCCUUGUCAGUAGUCUACUGUAUAUGUUAAUGCCUAACAGAUCUAAACUAACUAGGGUUAUAGUAGUGUUUAUAUAAUUCCCGUCUGAUUUCCAAAGAAGAAAAAAGAAUGAUGCUGCAAAACGGCUUUAUUCAAGUGAUGUGAAGUUCUCUUUCUGAGCGUUUCUGCGUUCACAUGCUCAUUUAAAGAGCGGCGGCUUUGGAUCUAAAUAUGUAUUUAGUUAUAUUACUUUAUUAUAUCAGCAUUUAAUGAACUCUUUACCUCUGUAACCCCCCCUUGACAAGCAGUUAUCUAGUGCUGUUGCGUUUUCUCAAGCAGAUUUUUAGGAUCUGAAUGUGAAUUGAUCAAAUUUUAUGCACUGAACUAAAUGGUCUUUAAAGGGGUAGUUUAAUCAAAAAAUUACAAUUCUGUCACUAUCUACUCACCCUUGUGUCAUUUCAAACCAUGUUUUAAUUCCAUGGUUGAUGAAAAAGGAGAUGUUUAGCAAAAUAGUCACACUGCUCUUUUAUAUACAAGCUCAAAAAGAACAAAAAGUACCAUAAAAGUAGAUAGUUAUGACUUAUAUACUAUAUUCCAAGUCUUCUGAAGCCAUGUGAUAGCAUUGUGUAAAAAAAACAAAAGGCUUAAAUGUAAGUGAUUAUUUGCUGAAAAUUGCCAUAUAUGUACAUAUUGUAAUUUGGCUUCUCAUGAUCAGUUACUGUACAAGACACACUGACAUUUGGCAUCAUUGACAUUAAAGGGACAGUUUACCCAAAAAUGAAAAUUCCUAACCCUAAUGUUUUUCCAAACCUGUAUGACUUACUUUCUUCUGCAGAAGAUAUUUUGAAGAAUGUUGGUAACUAAACUCUUUCAGUUCCAUUGUAUGGACAAAAAAUGUAAAUCAAUGGAAAGUGAAACGGUUUUGGUUAUCAACGUUAUUCAAAAUAUAUGCUUUUCUGUUCAGCAGAAAAAAGAAAUGGAACAACAUAAGAGUGAGGUGACGUUUUUGGGUGGACUAUCCCUUUAACGUAGAAAAAAAUCAUACUCUUUUGGAUGGACACAACUAAAGGACGACAGGAUUUUUGCUUUUUGAUGUACUGUUCCUUUAAAUCUGAUCUGCUUUGAUCUGAAUGCCCUUUAAACCUGUUUAGUCAAUCAAUUAAACCUAUAAGCUGCCUCGGUGCCUUGAGACACACCCACUUCAAUCAGAUUUGAGACACUAGAGAUGUACAAAGCACACUGUCGUAUUCUACAGUAUCAUUACAUGCUCAUGAAAUAAACUGACAUUCUUCAAAGACUUUCAUUAAUGCUCCAUUUGAGUCUAAUGAAAAGAAAUUCCAGAUUUGCUCAUAAUUUUUGCACAUGAAAUUUUUUUUGCCCAUAAUGUAGGGUUGUGCGUUUGACCAAGUGUGUACAUGUAUAUGGGUGCAAUAUGGUUCGCAAGUGUAUUGUGAAGUAGUCUGUGUACGUGUGCUUGUUGCUCAUUGUGUUUUAACCGGUGUGGACAAAUUAUGUGAGACACUACUGUUCAGGGAGGUGGACAUUAUUCAACUUAAUAAAGAUCUAACUCAUUUAAAAGUG